AUGGUGGCAAUGGGAUUCUUGAGUAUUAUGAGUAAUUCUUUCGGGUGCUCUGCAUCGGGCGAGCGCCUGGUCUCAGCAGCUCGAGAUGGGGAUCUUCAAGAAGCAAAGGCUCUCCUCGAGUACAAUCCUCGACUCGCAAGGUACUCCACUUUCGGAGUUCGAAACUCGCCCUUGCAUUACUCGGCAGCUCAAGGCCAUCACGAGAUUGUUUCCCUUCUACUCGAGUCUGGAGUUGAUAUUAAUCUCAGGAACUAUCGUGGGCAGACGGCCCUGAUGCAAGCGUGUCAAUAUGGUCAUUGGGAAGUUGUUCAGACUCUAAUACUUUUCAAAGCCAAUAUUCACAGGGCAGAUUAUUUAAAUGGAGGGACAGCUCUCCAUUUAGCUGCUCUGAAUGGCCACACACGUUGCAUUCGCCUUCUGCUCGCCGAUUACAUUCCCAGCAUUCCUAAUUUUUACAGUGUUUUAAAGAAAAAAUCGAAAAACGAAGAACAAGUUGUCGAGUUCGAUGAAGGUGCACUGUGUGAAGUAUUAAGUAGACCUGCAGAUGGAGGUGUGACGGCCCUUCAUAUGGCUGCUCUAAACGGUCAUUUUGAGACUGUCCAUCUUCUUCUUGAUUUGGGAGCAUCGGUUUGUGAUAAGACUGUCGAAGAUGGGACUACGAUUGAUUUAAUUGGAGCUGGAAGCACGGCACUCCAUUACGCUGCAUGCGGUGGUAACACACAGUGUUGUCAGCUUUUGAUCACGAAAGGUGCCAGUCUUACCACAGAGAACGCGAACGGAUGGACACCCCUGAUGGUCGCUCGUUCGUGGCAUAGAGAUUGGCUCGAGGAAAUCCUAAGCCAACAACCGAGACGCCUGCCGAAACUCAGCCCUUCGCCUUAUUUAUCCCUUCCUCUCAUGAGCAUUGUCGAAAUUGCUCGACAGUGUGGAUGGAGAAGCAGAGAUUCACAAUCGACCUGUUUAGAUCCAUGCGCCGUUUGCUUAGAAAGAAAGUGUACGGUUGCUGCACAAGGUUGUUUUCACGAGUUUUGUACACACUGCGCCAUAUACCUAUGCUCCACGCACGCCACGUCAUCCGUGGGCCGAGGCCCGCCAGGCUCGAUUCCUUGUCCAUUGUGCCGACACGCCAUAGUCUCGUUCGUGAAGCUAGCGGAAACUCGGCCCGUAAUCAAGGAAGUGGCCCGAACGAGCCUUUCUCUGCCCUUCUGCGUGUGUUCGGCAGAUGCAACCUCACUAGAAGGGUCGUUCGAUUUCCAGUGGGGCCGAGUUUCGCCACAUGGCCCGAAUUUCAGGUCCUUGAGCUGCAAGAGGUUUUCUUCGGUUAGGCUCAGCCCGGGACUCUGCAUGGGGGGUUCGGAUACGAGUAACUGUUUGGUCAGCCGGGCAGCCGGGCAGCCGGGCCCGUUGGAGGAUAGAUGUUUGAGGGUUCCGGGUUUCGGGCGGUCGGGUUCACUGAAUGAGGGAAGAAGGUGGUUGUGUUCUUUCAGUCAGGCUAUGGGAUCAGAUGGAGAUGGAUGCUGA